CAUCUCUGGAGGGGGCCGAGCCACACGGCUCUUGUGCUCAAAUCGGAACGUGUAGUGCCUACAACCAGAGGGGAGAUCUGGACACUUGUCAUUGAACUGAGAACCAGGACCCUCUACCAUCCACGCGUAUAGGCCGGGGUUUUAAUUUGUCAUUAUCAAUGUGUUUUCCUCAUGGAAGCAGAAGUGUUGAACCCCCAGAUGAUGGCCGACGUGAACGGGAACAGUAAAAUAGCGAACGCGGAGCUCGAAGUGAUAAAGCUACAAGAAUUGGUGCGAAAAUUGGAGAAGCAAAACGAACAAUUGCGGACCAGGGCGAACGCUGUAAACAAUUGCACAAUCAGCGGGCCUCAUCUGAACACCUCCUUGUCCUGUCUGCACGGCACCACAACGUGCUCCAGCGACCAUUUCUCUGUGGAUUACAGCGUUUUAAGUUCUACACAGUCGCAUCCGAGUGGCCUUGAUACCAACACCACGUUCCGCUUGGCGGAGGAGCCCUUCGCCUAUUUCCAGCCGAGCUCGGUGUCUCGUGAUGCUGCUGCCGAGGAGGGCGAUGCUGAGGCUGGACCCACGGUCCUGGAUGAGGUGGAGAUGCUGGAUCUCAACGCAGUGCUACCGGCUGGCGAUGCGGAUACCUGGCUAUACGUGAGUCCCCGGGGCCGGUUCCAGGGCGAGGCGGUGCUCAGUCCUCUCCAGUGGUGCAGGCAGGUCCUGGACCACCCGGGGCCCGAGGUGGAGCUGGCCAAGAUGACCCUCUGUCACAGACUGGACCAAGCCAAGCGAUGGAGGACCGCCCCCUCGGUACGACCCUACAGCUGCAUAGAGGGCCUGUCCAGCCUCAGUCUCCCCAUCCUGCCUUACCCUAAACCUGCUGCACUAACCGAGCCCCCAGCCCCCUUGGCCCUGUCCAGCCAUCCUGUGUCCCUGCUGGGCCUCCCGGGCAGGCCUCUCUCCACCCUCAGUGACCGGACUCCGACCUUCCUCUCUAACACCGCCCUCCACAGCGUGGCUCGCCGGCACGCGGCCGUCAGUCCCCAGUCCUCCAUGGACAGCGAGGUGGGGGCGUCGGAGCUGGAGGAAGACUCUAUCUCAAUGGGCUACAAACUACAGGACAUGACAGACGUGCAGGUCAUGGCUCGACUUCAGGAGGAGAGUCUCCGGCAGGACUACGCUUCUACCUCAGCCACAGUCAGCCGCCGCAGCUCCAGCUUCUCCAUCAACUCGCUCCGGCGCAGCGAGAUGGACCUGGAGGAGGAGGAUGAAGACGAGGACGAAGGCUACGACCAGCUGCCCCCUCCCCAGCCGCGGCUCUUCCGCACCAGCUCCAUGCAGCGGGGGGGCCUGCCCCACUCCCACACCUUCUCCAGCAUCAGGGACUGCAGACGCAGCCCCUCCAGCCCCCAGUUCCCCCUGGGGGGGCUCUCCCAGUACUCUGGGGCCCCCAGCCUGGCCGUGGACACCAGCAUGGGCUACAGGAGUAUCGCAGCAGAGAAGUUACGGAGAAGCAUGCCCAACCUGCUCAGAUCCCCCAGCAUGGCUAGUGUCCCCAGCAUUCCAAGCCUGCUGUCCCCCGUCAGUCCCUCACCUGGCCCCUCCUCCCUGCCAAUGAUGUCUUCCCUCCGGAACAGCCAGAGCUUUGACUCCUCUAGCGGCCUUGCACGACUCCAGUCAUCCAUCCCUUCUCCAGGCCAGCUCAUCCAGCGUGUACAGAGUGUGGGCAACUUCGCCAACAUGACAAGGCAGCCGCUGAAAGCCACCGCCUAUGUCAGCCCCACCGUCCAGCAGGGCCCCCCACCCUCCACCACCCCCAACACACCCAGCAUGACCUCCUCGGUCAGCCUGCACUCCUUCCCCAGCGGCGGGGCCUUGCCCAUCCAGCACCUCAAGCCCAGCAGCACCAACCCGGUGGCGCUGCCCCUGAAGGCAGCCACCCACCAGGCCUCCGCUGUGCCCCGCACCUCCCUACCUCGCCCGGCCUCCUUCGUAGGCACCAGCGGGAUAUUCCGCCCCAGCAAAAUCGCUCAGCCCACACGCAGUUUGCUGGCCCCUCCGAAGAGCAUGGCCGCCUUGAGCGCCCUGAGGGACGGGAGUUGGAAGGACGGCUGCUACUGAGGCAGAGCUGAGGAAGACGCGCCUCCGCCCGGCGUACAGGGUAACACUGCAAGAGAGCCCCACAAAACCCCCCCGGCCCCAACUCAUCUGCUAGUUACGUUGUCAGAUGGGUCCUUUCUUGGGGUUUUACCCGAGAGAGAAAGACUGUUACAAUUUGGGAAGCACUGUUGUACCAUAUGGUAAAGUACCGAGAGGAGUAGGGAUCCAGCAGGCUGGAUUUCGACCUAAUAACCUGCUGAUACAAAAACUGACCUGUUGGGAAAUGAGUGUACUGAGCCUGGCAAUAUGUUGAUAAUCAGUUGUUUGACAUGAAAGUGAUCCUCUGUGACGUGGUAUGCAUAAACAAUUGUGGAUAGUUCAUGGUUUGAUUGAUUUGAAAAGAAGUACAACUCAGUUUGGAAGACGACAAAACUCAAAAUUGAAGGCUUUUUGCGUUAUUACAAGCUUAUAAUGAUUUUAUAUCAUAUUUUAUCAUGGUUUAAUUCUGUUAUUUAUGCUUUUGCCAUUGAAUAUAAAGUUAUACUAAAAUCGAGUUACGAAUGAUUUGUGCCUGUUACCGUAGUGGAAAAUAUGUUAUAUUUAUUGUUUUGCAACUUACAGCACUUUUUCAGAAGUAUUAUUACGUAUUAUUAACACAUCAAAUACAUUAUUUGUUGUUUUUAAGUAAACAAAGUAACCUAAAAUAUAACUGCACAGUCACACAUUGUUAAUCUUCAUAACUGUUUACAAGAAAGUUGAUGUUUUGAUGUUUUUUGAUGACAGUCGCUGCAAUGAUAUUGCACAUCCACAUUUGAGGCUUUUUAUGGGGACAAUAAAUUGAGGAAGAUGUUCAUUUUUAAAUAAAAUAAAAGUGCUUUUUAAAAAUA